UGCGACUAGAAGUCAUUUUCCGGAUGGGCCAGCAGGAGGAGCGUCAGAAGUGUUUGGCGAUUCUGAUUGUUUCCCUUAAAUUGCUUUUGAAAAGCAGAGACUGUUAUGUAUUAGUGUGUUAACGCUUUCAUUGUGAAUAAUGGCUGGAAACUGUUUUUUGCCCGGAUCAUAAUGCAUCGAAAAAAUGGGCAGAAGUGUGAGACGUCAUUUAAGGAAACACUUAUGAAAUGUGUCUUACGUUCCAGGAAAUGGAUGAAACCAAACAGGUUUUGGAGCUUCUGGCAGUACUCGCUUUUACAGAAAUGUCUUUUUUGUAAGGUCAGGAAACAGAGAGAAAAGUUGCCUGUGGCAGGAAGUAAGUGUGAAGGCACUGAAGGAAAACCUCAUAAACAGAAUGCAGUAACCAGCUGCAAUUCUACCUCCCAGAAAUCGAAAAAGAAGAUUUCAUCCACCGUUAUUUCUGAAAAAUUAAAGAAUGGCUGUCUCAUCCCAGAGCAGAGCUUGAUAAGAUCAAGAGGAGGACAACUCCACCAACUAGGUGGAGCAAGGAGGCAAGCUUUAGAUAAAGCUGUUUCUGGUGAAAACUGUUUCAUUGUUGUAAAUUGUGGCAAAGACAACCAUAGCACAAAAAAGCAAACGUCAGAACUGAAGUCUGUUACUAAAGCCAAUAAAAAAGAGAAGUAUGUAACAUUGACACGUAGGUCAAGGUUCCUUAAAGUACAUCCAACUAGAAAGUCAAAGAACAGUUUCUUUUUCAAGUUGAUGCAGUGCAGGAGACUCAGUCACCUAAAUCUUUGGACUCGAAGCAGAGCUGGAAAGGUGCCCAGUCAGAGGCAGAAAAAUACAGACCAACCAAAACCCUCCUGCUGGGCUUUUGGUGGACAACAAAAAAAGGCCUGCCAUGAGGAACUGGGAUCAAAACAUGUGAUAAAAAAAGAAAGUAGCAAUAAGCGACUGAAUAAUAGAACACAAAAGCAAAAACCAAAAAAUGCUAAAAGGAAUGGGGUAAAAGAAACAAAUGCAGAAAAAAAUAAUAUGCGUAGAUCAUCUUUUUCUAAGUCUACUUUGAGCAAGGCUGUCUCACAUGAUUCAAACUCUGACUGUAAACUGCUAGAACCGCAAUGCAAUAGCACAGCACCCAAGCGCAAAAAAAAAACUAACUGCCACACAGUGUCAAGAGAAAGAGAAGAAUGUAGCUGCAGUAUAUCGAGGAAAUCAGAAAAUACUUUGUGUCAAGAGCAAAAUCCUAAAGCCAAGGACGAUAAAAUGCGCAACGCUAACGAACAAGUAAAUCUGACCAUUAUAAAUGGGUCUUGCGAUGCAGAUACUGAUGGAAGUUGUGGUAUGGAUGUGGAUCUAUCUUUGCAAUGUUCUGAUCCUUUUCAAGAGCAAUUGCAGGAUCAUUUGUAUUGCAAAAUCUCUAGCCGGUUUGUUACUGAAACAAUAGAUACUGACGACUUGAGAAAAGGGGAGAAAAAGGUGUCAAGACAGCUUCAGUCCCAUGAAAUUGGGAAUGAAGAAAUGAAGGAAAUAAUCCAUGAUUAUUUGGAGGAGUUUUAUGGAAAGUAUGGAAGUUACAUUCCUCUUACUGAAAAUGAUGUAUUAGAAAAGUUAAAACAGGUUUUAAAUACGGAUGUUUCUGACAGAAAAUCUUUCAUUUUAACGGAAGUCAUGAAGUAUCAGGCUACACUUGCUGUUGUUCCAAUGGGUAAUUUUAAAGUGACCUACAACAAGCAUACCUUAACAUUAGAAGACUUGUCUACGUUAGAUGGACAGAACUGGCUUAAUGAUCAGGUUAUAAACAUGUAUGGUGAGUUGAUCAUGGAUGCUGUUCCUCAUAAGGUUCAUUUUUUUAAUAGUUUCUUUUAUAGGCAGCUGGCAACCAAAGGGUAUGAAGGAGUGAAGAGGUGGACCAAAAAGGUAGACUUAUUCAGCAAAAACCUUUUGUUGGUUCCUAUUCAUCUACAGAUUCAUUGGUCUUUAAUUACUGUUGAUAUACCAAACCAAAACAUUCAGCUCUAUGACUCUCAAGGAAUUCACAUAAAAUUUUUAUUGGAGAACAUUGGGAAAUAUAUAUUGACUGAAGCUAAGGAAAGGAACAAACCAGUUUUUCAAAAAGGAUGGAAAACUAUUCAGAGUAAGACGAUUCCCCAACAAAAGAAUGACAGUGACUGUGGAGUUUUUGUACUACAGUACUGCAAGUGCCUGGCCUUAGGACAGCCUUUUCAGUUCUCACAAGAAGACAUGCCCAAAGUGCGCAAGAGAAUAUACAAGGAGCUUUGUGAAUGCAGACUUUUUGACUGAAAAACUAGAGCCUUGAGUGUUUACUACUGUUCCGAUAUUCAUCUUUACUGGCCAAGAGUGGACAUUCUUUGAAUGCGCUUACUUAUCAGACGUUAUUCUCACAUAUUUCUGACCUACUCAAGACCUUUAUGGGAUUAAAACUGAGGUAUUCAGUGGCAUGAAAAUGGUUGCUUAUUUUUGUAAGCAGUUAUAACAAAUUCAGCAAAAGGGAAACAGUGUGUUUUAAUAACUGGAUGAAGUGCCUAUGUGGUGUGUUCAUUUUUGAUCUUGUUGAAUGCAUUGUUUGUUAAAAAACAAAUUUUGUGAGCCAUGGGCCAUACUCAGCCUUCUGAGGGUAAAUGCAGAGGUUGAUUAUGGCAAAUCAUUUCUGUUACCUCAAGUGAAGUGUUAAAGGUCGUUGGCGUUCAAUACAAGUUACUGUAUUGGUUGGCCUGUCCUCGUGCGGGUCUAGAUGUGCGCAUUUGAGACACACACAUGCACAAUGUGCAUUUAAACUGAUCUUAAGCCUACGCAGCCUUGCAGGCUGAUUAAAAGACCACCAAAUCAUUCUGAGACUGAUAAUUAUUUAAAGGUCAGAUUGAUUUUAAAGUCUUAGUUAAAUAACGGAACUUUGAUUCCUUAAAAGAAACACACAUAUUCUUUUGGAGAAUAUGUAUGUUUCAGAAGUAGUAUUUGUUGCAUUCUGAACCACUGGAUACAAAUGAAAGAAAACACAUUUGUUAGUUUUUCUUGUAGAAACAAAUUAGUUUGUGAGUUAGUGAUCUGUUUUCAAUAUGUAGAAAGUGCAGUUUUAUUCCAUUAUUCAAUCUUUUUUUUUAUUUUUUACAAAUUUACUGCAGUAUACAAAAACAAAAAAAAAGUUUUUUUUUCCAAACCAGACCCAUGCCCAAUCUAGUUUGUUGAACAGAUGUUUUUCCCUGUUGAGGCAUUUCCGAUAACAUAUGUUGGAUGUACUUCUGUACCUCACAUAAUGGUACCACCACCAACUGGAAGGUGUUUCAUUCCAAGAAGAAUAGAAAUGGAAUCAUGCAGCAUACUGUUAAGUUUAUAAACCAAUCAACAUCUGCACAUUUUAACUAAAGCCCUAAGCAGAAUUAAUUUCUUCUGCAUUUUCGGAUUAUGAUCAGCCUCAUUAUAAGAACAAGGAGGGCGUGGUGGUGCACAGGGUGAGCCUGGCAGAUGUUUGUUUCCCUAAUUGCAGCUUGCUGUUUAUCCAUUUAGCAUUAUGCAUGGAGUGCGGCCUGACCUUCAGAUAGAAACCCGCUUGUGUAGCUAAUGUAAAUGAAAGGAGAUGACCUACGGUAGUAGGAUUAGAGCUCUCGUUUACUCGCUGUGACCUCCUGCAUCCAACAAAUGCAGGGCAACUCAUUGCCGUGUCGAUACUGGCCUCAAUGAAAGGACUGUUUACAACAUGCUGAACUCUGUAAUUGUGUCCCAUCUAAGCAAGGUAUGGUAUGACUGUAAGAAUACUUGAAGUGUAAAAAGAUAAAGCUGAACUUUUCUUCUUAGCAAAUUAUAUUUUAAAAUGUUUUGCAAAUGUCCAUUCCAUGUAGCAAUUACAUCACUUUUCAUGAUUAAAAAUGUGUAAAA